AUGCAUUGGUUAUCCUUUAUGUUGCUACUGGUCUGCAUUAUGACAAUUUCAGCAGAUAUGAUAGGAGGAGGAUAUUUCGCAUCCGAUCCUGGACAAGGCAGCAUGGACACGACUACGCCUGAGCUGUGGCCUUUUCUCCGCGGUGGUUUCCCUUAA